UUUCAAGAUUUCAAGUUCCAAAUUAGUUUUUAACUUAUGUUUGUGUAUGGUGUAUGUGGUCAUUUUUAUUUUAACCUAAAUUUACGUGAUGUCCAGAUUUACCAAAGUAUAAAUAAUUUUUAGUAAAUAAGACUUAAAAUGGCAAUAAAAAUAGCAAGAACUAAACACUUACCUAAUUUAUUGAAUAAUUUGAUACCUAUCUUGCAUCCCCAACAAAGUAAAUUAACAAAUUUUGUAAAAUGUACAAGUUUUAUGAAUUCAAAUGUAAAUAAUUGUAAAUUGAGUUUAAGUUCAGUGAUAUCGGGUAGUGCAGGUCACGCAGAGACCACCAGUACGACACAGGGUUUGUCCAAGUUACAGGCACAAGAAUUGAUUCUCAGACUCAACGGCGAAGAAAGGAAUAUUUUGAUGAGUGCCCUGCACGAAUAUCAAUCCAAGGUGAUAAAAGAUGAGUAUGAAGGUCAACUGGCAGCCUCGAGGUGGAGGAGCAAGUAUGGCAGGCCCAGCAAGCUGCCCAGAUUAGGGGACGUAGAUCCAACAGGAUCCUUUUGUCCGUUUCCUGAGGAUUGGCUUAAAAAGAAAAUGGCUGCCUCAGUUCCCAGACCUUCAACUAAAAACUUAUUCGACAUCGCUAUAGCUAACUCUAUCCCCUUCAUCGGUUUUGGAUUCCUGGACAACUUUUUCAUGUUAAUUUUCGGCGACUACAUCGACUUGUAUCUAGGUUCCUAUUUUUGUUUCACCACCAUGGGCGCUGCAGCGUUAGGAAAUACCAUUUCCGACAUUCUAGGCAUAGGCUCUGCUUUUUACGUGGAAAGGUUGGCCAACAGAAUUGGUUUCCGACCGCCCAGACUGUCUCCCAUUCAACUGGAUAUGCCUUGUUCUAGAAACUCUGCCAACGCGGGGCGAGUAUUGGGCGUUACGCUGGGUUGUAUCCUGGGUAUGUGUCCGCUGCUGUUCAGAAAAAACAAGAAUUCGGAUAAGGAGGAAAAGGAUACCGAGAAUGUUCUGGUAGUCGGUUGAGGGACGAGCAAAUGUUGCGAAUUAUUUGCUCAAAAAGAUUUGCAGCACAGCUUUUAUUCCCAACAUAUUGAGUUGAGUGAAUAAGAUAUAUGUUUAGCUAUUGUGUUCAGAGUUUUAAAAGUAGUUCUACUCGAGUUUUCUACUAGGUGUUAAUUUAAUUUAACUAUAAUAUUAUUAGCAAUAAUACUGGACGGAAAAAGGGAUGAAAGACAAACUAGCAAGUAAAAUGUGCUAAAUAUGCCAAUGAUUCAUCGACUUUUAUUUGAAAGUAGCAGAUCUUUGGCAUUUUGUAAAAUAGAGUAAAUUCAUAACAGCACUGUUUCCCAAUCAUCAAGACUGCAACACUUUUCUCGAGUUUUACCAGUUGACGUUCUAACUCUAAAUAUUUUCAUUUUUAGACACACGUCGAUACUUUCAUGGUUACAAAUUGGCGGCGUGUUUUUCUGGUCUCUGAGAACAAAUAUUUGUUGCACGUUCCUUGAAACUAGUUUCAGUAGCUGGUCUUGUUUGCCUUAUAUAUUUUUGUCAGUUUUUACAGUCUAUUUUAUAUAUCCAUAACUUUUCAUGUUCCUGUAUAUUGUUGUUGUUUUGAAAGCUCUUUUCUUGUGAUUUUAAGAAAUGCUUUCAUAACCGUUUAUGUAUCUUGGUUCAUACGGAAGAACAAAAAACUUUGAAUCAGUGUCUUUUUGAAUAAUUGAAGAUCUAGGAAGCUUCUCCCUAACAUUACAUUUCCUGAUUAAUUUACCUACCAUAUUUGAGGGAUAUUCAUUGCUUUCAGCUAUCACUGCUUACGUUUUUCUCAAUAUCAUAUUGAGGUCCGAUUCUAAAUAGCACAUUAUUUACUUUUACAUGAAUAAUUCUGUUCAAAAUUAGUCAGAAACUUUCACAAGAAAUCACCCAUCAAUUUGUAGUUAUGAAAUCAUGGAUGUAGAACUAAAAGUGGAAGUGACAGAAAAUUUUUCAUCAUAUUUGUAAUGUUUCUGUAUUGUUUCAUUAUGAGUGAGUUUCACAACUCUCGUCGACUUAAGUCCCUGAUAUCUUUAGAAGUACAAAUAUUGUAGGAUAUGACCAUGUACGACUCAACUCAGAUGAAAAAUACCCUGUUCAACUCUUUUGAUAUCAAAUUAUACGUCAACAUAUAUUUCUUUCAACAAAUUUUUUUCGUUAAACUGCAUUUUAUUCAGUGUACGAAUUUCUUCAGUUGCUUAUGUUAUUGCUCUGAGUUAUCUUUAUGGGAUAAUAUUUUAGUUAAUUUUGUUUUCCUUGUGAAGAUAAUUUUCAAGUGGAAUCUAAAAAAAUAUAAAUAUCGAUCAAACAAAAAAAAGAGGUUAACAUAAUAAUAAAAACUAAAGUAGACAAGUCAAAUUAAUGUUAUUGUCUUGCACUCAUUACUAGUUUGAACUCUCAUUCCAAUAUUAUUCUUGUUGUUGUUACUUUCUGAAAUUAUUUAAUACAAAUUUCAGAUACAUAUGUUGCUAAUAACAUAGUUUCCUGUAAUAUUCAAAAAUAUCCAGAGCAGAUGUGAGCAAUUUUUGUAGGAGUUCAUUAGAAAAAUAACAUUUUCUCUUAAUUCCCUCCAUUUUCCUAUGACCUACAUGUGUAAAAACUGUUAAUACUAUAUGUACAAAAUAUAUAUUGAUUUUUCUUUCUUUUUUACAGAAAAUUUCAUUCUAACUAGCCAUUUUCUUCAAUUAGAUCUUUAGAAUCACUAUUUUUCUAUCUUCACAAUAGAUUGAAAAAUUUUCUGCGAAAUGGAAGAAGUCAAUUGAAUAUAUGGUACUAGAUAUAUUUCUGUGUAACUAUUCUUGCUAUCUGUAAGAAUCCGAUAUUUCUUGAUGAAUAAUUUUGACAGUUAUACAAAAAUGACAUUAAAAUCUUCCAGAAAUAAAAUAAUUGGCUCUCUUCCUAAAGCUCAGUCAAAUAUUUUGUAAAUCAAAUGAAAUACUUGAAUGAAUCGAAAAAAAAUGUGUAUUCUUAGGGAUCUUCUCCCUGAAAUUGUUCUUUACCUGAGAAGUUGCUUAUCAAUAUCUGUAUAUAUUAAAAUGAAAGUAAAUGAUA